AUGGUCGGAUUUCGCAGUCCCUUUAGGUCCACGGUUCUACCGCAGCCAUCGAUAUGGGCUAGGAACAGGGAUUUGAUUCUUCUUGGAGCCGUUGGGCUUGCUGUUGUUGCGUUUUAUACAUUCAAAAGCUCUGCCAGAUCUGGCAACAAGAAGAAGAAGAAGAAGAAGAAGAAGAAGAAAAACGGACGAGGCGGUUUCUUCGACAAUUUGGGACGAAAGCUCGGUGGCGGCAGCAACGACGGCAAGGCCCAUACCACAUCUCAAUCCUCUACCUCGUCGUCAAAGGUAAAGACUUCCGACCUUAAUUACGGCGUCGUCGUGUCCUUCGAUGACGAGGCCGGGCAUGGGUUGAUUCGUCCGAUGGGAGUAGAUGUGGGGAAGUAUGUCAAGGUUUACAGGUCUGGGCUGGUGGAGACGGAUACGAUGGGUUAUGCAUUUGGGAAUGUGAGGACGCUGAGGAGUGGGCAGAGGGUUGAGUAUGUUCUGGGGAAAGGGGAGAGGGCCAAGGAGGUGAGGGUGUUGAGGUAUAAGGGUGGGAGGGGGUGA